AUGCGACGAUUAGCUACAGGUAUUACAAUUCUUUUCUUGGCUAUUCUAAGUUUUUACUCAACUGGUGCUAUAAGAUGCUAUAGUUGUCGAAGCGUGAACACUCCUGAUUGUGAUUCAAAACUCGAAUUAACAAAAGUCAAUAUUACUAUAUUUAUAGUUGCAAUUAAUGCUUCUCAGCGCUGCAUCAAACAUAAGCUCAGUGAUAUCUAUGUCCGAGGAUAUGAAGACGCAACGGCCUGCAAGAAUGGUGAUAAUGGUUGUAGUAGCACUAAAAUUGCCGAUCUUGAUAUAACUGAUUGUUGUUGUAAUACAGAUUUAUGUAAUGGUGUUUCAUCCAUUCAACAACAAUAUUUUCUUCUUAGUUCUGUCAUUAGUAUGUUCAUUGUUUUUAAGAAUAUAUUUACUGUAUAA